CCUGCGCUGCUUCGGCGGCUUGCUCUCGGUGCCUGCGAGGCCAGCCUGCUGGAUGGCGCCACAGCACUACCGUUCGGAGCAGAGCAAGCGGCAAUGGUACUGCAAGAGCUGCGUCGGGCCCAAGGGCCUUCCCUGGUUCAACUUCGCCGACGCCACAUCCUGCGCCAAGUGCAAGUUGGGCAAGGGGCUUUGCUUCAAGGAGUAUCGCGAGCCGCCGCUGCCGUCGCUUCGCAGGCCAGGGAGGUCCUUCUCUGCAUGGGCGGACUCGGUGCAGGUCCAGAAGCUCAAGCAGGAGCUGGCGGCCGCCAGUGCGAAGCUCAAGCGUGCGGAGGCCCCGCCCGUGGAGGCCGAGGAGGAGCUCAGCGGAUCCGACAAGGACAAGCAGAGGCUGCGGGAGUUGGGCGAGCUGCUCAAGACGGUCGAGGGCAGUGCCGAUCCUCACCUCGCUCGUGCAAAGGAGGCGUUCGUCAAGGAGCAAUCUGAGCUCAAGGCGAAGCUGGCGGCGGCGCGCCCCUUGGGCCAGAGGCUACGUGACCUCGGAGCCCAGAUCAGCAGGCAGCAGAAGUUGCAGGAGGACCAGCAGCGGCGCCUCGUGGGGAUCCGCGAGAAGCUGGCGUUGCUGCAUGAGCAGGAGCAGGCGGCGCAGCAGCAGUUGGCGUCGCUCGACACCCAGAUGCUGGAGUUGCAGGAGCAGCAGCGGCAGCUCCAGAGCCAGGCCCCGCUGCCCCCCCAGCCUGAGCACGGCAAAGGGCCGCUGGAUGAGCCGAUCGUCGGGCUCGGCCAAACGUUGGCGGGGCUCGACCAGGUGCUCAACUUCCUCGGCGCCGAGCAUGGGUUGUCGGAGCGCCUCAAGGAGGACCUGGAGCGCCUCAAGAUGCUCAGCGAGGAGGCCAAGGUCAAGCAGCAGCGGGAGAGGGCCGAAGCCGCUGCGGCUGCUGCCGCCGCUGCUGAGGACCAGCGGGCGCCUGGCGGCAGCCCGCCUUCGGAGUGUGACGCGAUGGAGCAGGACGAGGCCGACAGCGCCGAGUUCGUCGAUGAGAUCGUCAGUGCAGGAGGCGACAAGCGCAGGAUCGAGGAGAUCAUGGCUAAGCUCGGGCGCAAGCGGCACAAGGAGCAUCAUGCGCUGCCAGGGGCCCUGGCCAAGGCCCAGCGGGACGCGCUCGCCGAGGGCUACCACGGUGUCUGGGAGGCUGCGCUACCUGGACAGGGCACUGGCAGUCAGGGCGGCGUGGCGGUUUUGGUGCCCAAGCGUGUGCUCAUCACAGGGCCCCCUGCGCUAGAAGGGCCAACGUUGGAGCCAGGGCGCAUGGUGGCGGCGCACGUCAACUGCGGUGGCAAGCGAGGUUUCGUCAUGAUUUCUCUGUAUAUGCGGGUUGACGAGCAGCUGUCGCCAGAGAACCUGGCCAUCCUGUUCAAGUUGUAUCAGUAUCUGAAGGUGCUCGACACUUUGCAGAUGCCGUGGAUCGUGGGAGGAGAUUUCAAUAUGGAGCUCAAGCAGUUGGGCUCGCUGUCGUGGCUGCACUCGGUCAAUGGCGUUGCGGUUGUGCCAUCGGUGCCGACUUGCAUGCAGGCCCUCCCUGGGCGCACGAUCGACUUCUUCUUCGUGGCCUGCCAGGUCAUGCCGAGGAUAAGCCAUGCAGCAGUCGGUGAGGCAGAUACUUGGCCGCACCUGCCCGUAACGCUCAGGUUGGCAGCCCAGCCGCAGGUGAUUUGGACUCGGCAGCUGGUGCAGGCCAAGGGUUUCACCAAGGCGUCGAAGGUCGGCUGCGCCAGGCCGCCGCCAGACUGGGACCCGCUGCUGAAUCAGAUCAGGCAGGUGACCUCCUCGGAGCAGAUGGCCGACGUGUGGGGCCAGCUGCUGCUGGGCAUCGAGUUCGAGCUGCAGGGCCGCUACGAUGUCGUCGGACCGCAGGUGUCAAAGUUCACGUCCAAGCCUGCGCCACCUACGUUCGAGUGGGCCAGGUUCGACCCUGACGAGAGGGUCUACUGCAGCAAGCUGUGCGACAACACCGCGAGGCACAUUUUGGAGUUCCAGUAUUUUUUGAAAAGGAUUGCUGCUCGCUCCGAUGUUUGGCCACAUCUUGAUAAGGCGGCUGUCGAUCUUUUUGUGCUUGGGCUCCUGGCUUUCGUGCGGGAGGAUUUCGACCAGCAAAUCGAGCGCAUCAUUGUCAAGGCAGAGGGCAAGCAGCGGGCGCAUGAGAGUAAGGUAGCCGCCAGUUGGCAGGCGUGGGCCGAGGCGUCGUUCGAAGGCGGCGCUAGUCGUACUCACAAGUUUUCCAAGCCACUGGCGCUCCAGGAGGUGAUCGACUACGGCGCAGGUGUCCAGCACGCGUACCAGCUGGCCGAUCGUAAGGUGCAGCACUGGAACCAGUACUGGCAGAGGCACGAUGACGGGGUGAUUGAUUUGCCCAGCGACCGCCAGGUGUGGGGCCAGCUGCCACCUCUCAGCGGCAGGGGC